AUGGUGUGGGGCGCAGCACACAAACCGGUGAUCCCCCUUUCGGGGGAUGAGGGAGCAGGAACGGUGAGGGUGGAGCUCCCUCUGGCCUUGCCCCUCGGGUCGGGCUGCAAGAUCAAAGCGCUGCGGGCCAAGACCAACACGUACAUCAAGACGCCGGUGCGGGGCGAGGAGCCGGUGUUCAUGGUGACGGGGCGGCGGGAGGACGUGGCCAUGGCGCGGCGGGAGAUCAUCUCGGCGGCCGAGCACUUCUCCAUGAUCCGGGCCUCGCGCAACAAGGCGGGCAGCACGUUCGGCAGCGCGCCCGCGCUGCCGGGGCAGGUCACCAUCCGCGUGCGCGUGCCCUACCGCGUGGUGGGGCUGGUGGUGGGCCCCAAGGGAGCCACCAUCAAGCGCAUCCAGCAGCAGACCAACACCUACAUCAUCACGCCCAGCCGCGACCGCGACCCCGUCUUCGAGAUCACCGGCGCGCCGGGCAACGUGGAGCGCGCCCGGGAGGAGAUCGAGACGCACAUCGCGGUGAGGACGGGCAAGAUCCUGGAGUACAACAACGAGAACGACUUCCUCUCCAGCAGCCCCGACUCCGGCAUGGAGAACCGCUACUCCGAGGCCUGGCGGGUGCACACGCCGGCGCCGGGCUGCAAGCCGCUCUCCACCUUCCGCCAGAACAGCCUGGGCUGCAUCGGCGACUGCUCCGUCGACCCCGUCUACGAGACCCCCCGGCUGAACGACCAAAACGACUUCAAUUACGGUUACCUCUUCCCCAACUACGGCGUGAACAAGCAGGAUCUGUACUACGGGGUGCCGGAGUCGGGGGCCCCGAUGUGGGCCGGGCAGGAGAACACCAACCCCGUCUCGGUGCUCUUCUCCAAGCAGCAGCGCUCCAGCAGCACCGGCGCCAUCCACCCCGCCUCGCACCGCUCCCCGUCCUCCUCCAUGGCCGAGCCGCUCUCGGGGCUGCCCCGGCGCUCGCAGGGGGAGCCGCUGCAGGGCUUCUCCAAGCUGGGCACGCCCGGCGCUGCCCGGACGCCGGCGGGCGGCGGCCGCGAGUGCAUGGUGUGCUUCGAGAGCGAGGUGACGGCCGCGCUGGUGCCCUGGUUGUCGGCCCAGCUGGGAGCUCAGAAAGAAACAACUGAAAGAAAGGAAAACGGAUGA